CAAAAAGUUGUUUCCUCAGGCCGGAUAAAAUUUCGUAAACUAUUUAUCGCUUUUAUAUAAGAAAAAACAAAACAACCCUUUGUAUAUAAAGUGGAGUUACGUUAUAUGAAUCAACAUAAACAAUGAGCAAUGCUUCUAUCUUGGCUGAGCUUAAACCAUGUGGCUAUAUUUUGGCCACAAGUCAAUACAAAUAUUUUGCAUUAAAAUGCCUUUAUUGUGAUAAAAAGUAUGGAUAUUGGGCAACAUUUCUACAACAUUUGAAGGAGCUUCAUAUGGAAAUUGCGGAUGAAACACAGUGGCUUUUUGAAUCCACUGAGGAAGUAUUGGAAUCGGAGAUGGAAAAUAACGCGAUGGGAAGUGAGGAAUGUACUACAAGAUGUGUAAACGCAGGUGCAGUAACCAACGCUCAUUGCGAUUCUUCAAAUGUAUGUGAAUUGUAUGAGAGUGUUCAUGAAACGGAAGAUCAAAAUGAAAACAUGUUCAAUGAAAAUAAUAUUGAAGCAGACACCCCCCAACUAGUGAAUAUAAUUAACAUGAAGCUGGCAGAACCGGAAGUGGUAGAUUAUCCGCUGAAGGAUUUAAAUAGUAGGAACGAAAAUGAAUAUGAUUUAUGCCCAGAAUCUGAAAUACUUGAGCUUGAUAUUGAUUUAAAAAUUGAAGACGUUGUCACACUACAAUUUAUUAAAAUAUACAAAAACUUCCCAUCAUUAUGGCCCAUUCAACAUAUUACUUCUAAUGCAAAAAGUAUGCAAUGUUCUGUAAAAGUAGAAAUGCUAAGAUCGUUAGCUGAGCAUAAUAUACUUAUUUGUAUGCGUACUUUAGAAGAAUCACUAUCGCAACUACACCAUCAAUAUUGCGACAUAGACAGAAGGUUAGAAGAAGGGAUAGAAAUUUCAGAUGUUGAAGAAAAAUAUUUUUUAGAAUGUUCAUUUAUGAAGCCAUGCAAUACACCUCAACUUGAACAAAGUUGCCUAACGCGUGAGACCGAGAACGAAGAUUAUUUCAGUGACCAGAGUGAAAAUGAUAAGUCUUUAAGUGAAAUUUUCAACGUCGAUAGCUCACAAAGUGGAUUUGACUUAUCGGAUGGGGAAACAAAUGCGCCGCAAGAGAAUCACAAACAAUCACUUUUAAAAUUUUCGGCGCAAAAUAAAGUUACUUGUGAUUUUAUAAAAUGCUUUCGAGAUCAACCUUGUUUAUGGAAUCCACAAUACCCCGCUUAUAAUGACGUAAAAGAGCGUGCUCUAGCAAUCAAUAAAAUAAAGGAAUUCUUUUCGGAAAACUAUGAUCUAUAUCUUACGGAAGGAAAAAUUAACAGUGAAAUAAAACGUUUAUACAUAUUUUAUAAAAGAUGCCUUUAUACGCGUCGCACUUUAAAUGCCACUCGAAAAUAUUAUUAUGAACUUUGCGAAUUUUUGGCGAAUGCAGAAUUAGAUACUAUGAACUCAAUACAUAGUAACUCUCAUCGGAAAAUAUCGUUUUCAGUAAUUGAUGAGUUUACACUUGGCUUCAUUGACUUCUACGCCAUGCAUCCUGUAUUGUGGGAUAAAAGUCAUUCCAAUUAUUCAGUGUUAAGUACACGGAGAGAAGCUUAUGAAGAAAUCGCAACGAAUUUACGCCAAAUAUACAAUGUUGAAUUCAGCAAUGAAGAGCUUUACUAUGCCAUAUCUCGACUGAAGCAUCAUUUUUAUAAUUUGCAACGCAAGAGUUUCUUAAAUGAACCACUUAAAAAAGAGGAGCAGGACUUCUUAGAACGUUGUAGUUUUCUGCCAACGCCCAAUAACAAUUUAAAAUGCCAAAUUUGCGACCGAAUAUUACGUAGCCAUUCUACCUUAAAAACACAUCUGCUAAAAGUGCAUAAUAUUGGUGAACUACCACACAAGUGCUCUUAUUGUGAACAACGUUUUGCACAGCGGAAUUUAAAAAGAGAGCACGAAGUACGCGCUCAUACAAAAGAGUUCGAGUGGUUUUGUCCCUUUUGUGCGAAAGGAUUUGCCAAUCGUCGUGACAUGGAAAUACACCAGAUGGUACAUACUGGUGAACGAAAAAACAUUUGCGAACAUUGUGGCAAGGGUUUCCGACUCAAACACCAAAUGACAGAGCAUGUGAAGAUUAUGCAUGAGCGUUUACGACGAUUCAAGUGUACCAUGUGCCCUAAGGAUUUUUUGCGAAAGCGUGUACUAGACGAUCAUAUGCGUGCACAUUUAAAUAUACGGGAUAAAAUUUGUAACAUUUGCGGCAAAGGCUUUACGAAUAUACACGGACUUUUUCGACAUAAGCAACUACAUUCAGAUGUUAAACGUUAUGAGUGUAAAGAUUGUGGUGAACGUUUUCGUCGACUUUCCGGAUUAUGCGCGCAUAAAAAGCGGAAGCAUCAAACAGUUAAGCAACGAGAAAAUUCUGUAAAUAUGUUUAUGGAGGGGGAAGAAGAUGUAACGAAUUAAACGCGUAGCAUUCGCGUAUCGCCAGUCAAAGUAAUAUAAAUAUACCUCAAUGACUCCAGAAUAAAAUCCUUCGAGAUAUUCUCAACUCACCUUGGUUCGUUCGCUAUAAGGAUAUUAAUCGUGACCUCAAGCCCACUCCCUUCGGCUUCAAGGCACGUAAAUGAGUAAGCUAGAAAACUCUUCAACGCCUCAG